AUGGCCCGAAUGCCCAUCGCCGGCUAUGUCUCCAUGAAAGAUGGUGGAGCAGUUCUUCAUCUUUCACCCGUUCGCCUAGCGGAAUCAUCGCGCGAAGACCCUUCUCCUCCAACCUCUUCACCGUGGGACUCCAACUCCCGCCAGGACGACGUCAUUUUGAGCGCUGUGAACGACCAACGGGUCGCCGAGAUUGGACGCAAGACGCUACUACCAGGCUCUUGCGUCUUGCGUGUCCUUGCUCAAGAGAAGCGUCAAUGGUCAAAGGAUGCACCGGACAACUCACCGGCGCUUGCGAUUGCAGAUGCUGUGCCCAAUGACGACACGAAACAUGUGGAACCCAGCGGCAACGGCGACCCGAGUGAGAACAACAACCAGGAGCCCAACAACGACGAUGCGGAGGAUAAGGAUGAUCAAGCACCCGACGAUUCGGAGGAAAGUUCCAGCUCUUCAUCUUCCUCCUCGGAUAGUUCCGCUACGAAACGAAGGAUUGUUAAGAGCACCAAUACCGUCUCUUGGGGAGGCGACUGGCAUGAUGCAUGGGAAUCCAUGCGGUAUAUUCUUCGAAAUGCCGGGAACAACCCCAAGAAGCAGCGCAUUUGCUACAACCUCAUGCACCGCAUCAAGAUUGACAAGGGCAAGUGUGAGCAGGCAUGA